UAAAACCUUCUCUCCCUCUCUCUCUCUCUCUCUCUCUCUCUAAAAGAAUGGAACUUGGGACAACUCAAAGAUCCUGUCAUGUCCUUUUUGCCAUCGUUAUGUUAUGUUCUUGUCUGUGUUUGGCAAACUCGAGCAAUCCGAAGCUGAGAAAGCAGAAGAAGAGCAACUGUGAUGUCUACCAAGGAAGCUGGCUUUACGACGUGUCGUAUCCUCUCUAUGAUUCAUCAGCCUGCCCUUUCAUUCGUAAGGAAUUUGAUUGUUUGAAGUAUGGCCGCCCUGAUCAUCUCUACCUUCAGUAUAGAUGGCAGCCCAUGGACUGCGACUUGCCGAGGUUUGAUGGCCCAGAUUUUCUACAGAGGCUUAUGGGCAAGAAGAUUAUGUUCAUAGGAGACUCUGUUAGUCUCAACCAUUAUGAAUCACUAUUAUGUUUGCUUCAUGCAGCUGUGCCUAAUUCAAAUAUCACGCAGGAAAAAAAUACCUCUACUGUGAUAUUUGAGGACUAUGGGGUAUCAGUAACCCUGUUUCAUAGCCUACUACUGGUAGACAUUGAGCAGGAAAACGUCGGUAGGGUUUUGAAACUUGAUUCUCUCAAGAAUGGCGAUAUAUGGAAGGAUAUGGAUGUCCUGGUUUUCAACACUUGGCUUUGGUGGUACCGCAGAGGACCUAAGCAACCAUGGGAUUAUGUUCAAGAUGGUGAGGCUAUCCUCAAAGACAUGGACCGUAUGGUUGCUUUUCGCAAAGCUUUAACAACCUGGGCAAAGUGGGUUGAUUCUGAUGUAGAUACAAAUAAAACCAGUGUCUUUUUUCAAGGAAUCUCUCCUUCCCAUUACAAUGGGAGCGAGUGGAAUGAGCCAGGAGUAACAAACUGUUCAAAGGAGACAGAACCAAUUAGCGGGUCGAGUUACUCUAGAGGUUCGCCAUUGGCAUUAUCUGUAUUGGAAGAUGUGCUGAGUGGUAUGAAGAAACCAGUUCAUUUGCUCAAUAUAACAACUCUAUCACAGCUUAGAAAGGAUGCGCAUCCCAGCUCUCAUAACGGGUUUAGGGGCAUGGACUGCACUCACUGGUGCAUUGCCGGACUCCCAGAUACUUGGAAUGAUCUUCUCUAUACAGCUCUUCUUAAUUAGAACCUAAAGAUUGAGGAUACAGAUUUGGUUAGAGAUUCAUAUAUAUACAAAUUUAGCCAUGGAAAGUAGCUAGGCCAGCUAACAGCCUCAUGAUAUUCUUUCACUCAAAAUAAGUAAUAAACAUAUAUAUAUAUAUAUAUAUAUAUA